CAAAAGUGCACUUUUGAAGACCACAAAAAGAGACUUUUAAAGUAAAAAUUUUAAAAAAUCACACAAAAAUAAGGAUCGUCGAAUUCGGUCACAUAAGUAAUUAUCAAGUGAAAAUUUUGCAAAAAAUGUGGUGGAAAUAUUUAAUUUUAACGUUUCUUGUUCUGCAAAUUAAAGGUUUGGUAGAUGGAGCAUUUCAUUAUCCGAUAGAUAAAGAAAGAGAAGAGUGGGGUACACUAUGCAGCAAUGGAACCGAACAAUCACCUAUAACUCUAAAUAAAUUUGAAGCUAUAAUGGCCCAUUAUUCAGAAAUUAAGCUCUCCAAUUACGACAAAGACAUCAAAGCAGACAUUCAAAAUAAUGGACACACACUUCAAGUGACCUUCGACAAGGAUGAUGAUCUGAAAAUCAGCGGAGGAGGUCUGGAAGGGUUCUACGUCUUGGAUCAGAUGCAUUUUCAUUGGGGAGGAUCUGAACACAAAUUUGGCACAAUAAGACAUGCUGUAGAACUGCACUUUGUACACCAUGCAGCUCAGUACAAAAGUAUUGCCGAAGCCAAAAAGGAAAAAUUUGGAUUGGCUGUCCUCGCAGUUUUGUUCCAUAUAUCAGAUGAAGAUAAUGAAGCGUUGGAUAUUAUAUUGGAUUCCGCAAAGAAAGUUCUAAACAAUCCGGAUUCAUCUCAACAUCCACUUGAAAAAGAAAUAAAUUUGUCACAUUUUCUGCCACAGAAUAGAUAUAAUUUCUAUAGAUACGAAGGUUCUCUGACGACACCAACGUGCGACGAAGUUGUUUUGUGGACUGUAUUCGAACACAGCCUGCCAAUAUCUGAUGAACAGCUGAAAAUUUUUCAAAAAACUCACACUACUGGCGACUCUUAUCUGAAGAAAAAUUAUCGUGCAACAAAGCCACUGGGAGAUAGAAUGCUGAAAUAUAACGAUGUCGAAAUCACUAGUAGUGCACCAAUAUUUGGAGUUUCAAAACUAUUAUUGUCGACUGCAUUUGUGGCACGAAGCUUUUUUAAUAUAAGUUUUUGAAGCAAUCGUAAUUAUUCACUUUCAGUUCAAAAUUCAGUACCAGAAACUAAAUCUGCACUGUUGAAUACAUCAAUCUGAUAUUGAAUUUGAAGCUGAAAAACGUUCGAUAUCUGUUUUCAUCAUUUGAUCACAUACUUCAUCAUUUGAUAUUUAGAAAAGAACAAAAAAAUUGUGAUAGAUUAUUCGCUUUCACGUGAGAUAAAAAUGU